CCCGAGAACAAGCCCGAGCUCGAGUUGACGCUCGACGUGUGCAUCAGCACGCCGCUUUCGCUCGACCUCGCGGCCUUCUCCCUCUGGCUCGAGGGCUGGUCCGUCGCCGAGGCGGCUCGCGAGCUUCUCUCCUCGUACCACGAGCCGGAGCGCGACGAGGGCGCGGCGGGCAAGGCUGGGUUCGCCGCGGCCGCCGCGCUCUCCCUGCGGCCUGGCGAGGCGCGCGAGAUGCUCGCCGGCCUUGUCCUCUCCGAGACGGCGGAGCAGUACCGCCUCUUUGCGAUGCUCAAGCCCUGCCUCGACGAGCCCGCCACGCUCGCGACGCAGCGGCGCUGGCAGCUGAUGCCGAUGGAGCGGCGCGCGCUGGUCGACGCGUACUUCACGUUCGACGAGCGUGUGCUGCGUGAGCUGGUGGGCAGGAAGCCCACCUCCAAGCUGCGCCGCCAGCUCGAGGCGCAGGCGGACCGUCUCAACGUGUCGCCGCACUCGUGCCGCCGCCAGUUCGACAACCUGCAGCGCCUCUACGACUACGACUGGAACGCCUCUACCCCACCCCCAGGCGACUGGGAGCCGCCUUCCUGCGGGGGCGGCGGCGGCGGCGGCGGCGGCGGAGGCAGCGGUGGCGGCGGCGGCGGCGGCGGAUGCAGCAGUGGCGGUGGCGGCGGCGGAGGCGGCGGCGGCGGCGGAGGCGGCGGCGGCGGCGGCGAAGACGGCGAAGACGGCGGAGGAGGAGUCGUCGCAUGGGAGGGGUCGACCAGAGUGGGGGCGGAGCCGGAGCUGGUGCGGAGGGUCGGCGGCGCGUUUCUCCUCUCGCGCUCUCUCUCCUCGCGCUACGUGCGCCUCCUCUUCCUCUCGACACACCAGUUCGACGCGAGCAAGCGGCGGCUGCAGUCUGUGAGCGUGCCGGACUGGGAGGCCUUCUCGGCCUCGCUGCUGCUGCACUGGACGAGUGCCGCCUCCGGGCUCGAGCUCGACGGGUCCGUCACCAAGGGCUUGCGCGCCGUCCGAAACUCGCUGUCCGACCAGCGCGCGUCGGCGGUGCUCGGGUGGCCGCUGAUGCAGCAGGCGGUGCUGGCCGCGCUGCCCACCGCUCUCGGCCCCGACCGACCGGCGGUCGCCCUGCGCUCAACGGUCGCCGCAGUGAGCUCGCGCAUGCGGCCGCUGCUGCGCGCUGUCGUCGAGACGUGCGGCAUCCUCUCCUCGCCCCGCGAGCUGCGGGACCUCUUUGGGUGGCUCGCCGACAUCGCCGACACCCUCCGCGCGAUGGGCCUCUCGCCCCCCGACGCGGCCGCCCUCCUCUCCUGCCUCACCCGCUGCCUGCCCGGACAGCAGGCGGCGGGCAGCACGCAGCCCGCGCCGCCCGCAGAGCCGCCCGAGCCGCCGGCGCCUCCGAGCCGCUGGUCGGCCAUCGCGACGGUCCUCUCGUUGCAGAGCUCGGCCGAGAGCGCGCCCGCCGAGGCGGGGCAGGCCGAGGCGUGGCAGCGCUUCCUCGACGGCGCGACGCCGGUCAUCUUGCGGCUCCUGGUGGUGUAGGGAGGGUACACUCGGUGCCACAGUGUUUUACAGAUAGAUUGUUUGUGAGCUGC